AGGGGGGCACAGUGGGUGGCGGCGGCGAUUUAUGAUUUUGGGGGCGAAUGCGGAGGAUGCUGUCGCCGUCGAUGGUGGCGCCGCCGGAGGGGGUGCUGGGGUCGCUGAACAACGACGGUUACUCCAAUGAGGACAUGACACAACACACCAUGAGGAUGGUGGAGAUAAGCGAAGUUCUGAAAACUCCUGGCGCAGAGAUAAAUUCCGAGAGGAGGUUCUUUUAUGCACAGAAGCUGCAGAAGAAGGCAUACCCACAGGAAGGAUGUGUUCAUGCUAUGGAGUGGCAGGGAGCAGGUAUCCAUGCAAAGAAUUUGCACACAAAGUUGCAUGCAGCAGCUACUAAUGUAAAGGAGCCACAUGCAGCAGCUAGCCGUAGUCCUAGUGUGCCACCUCAGGGAAAUUUGGAUUGUGCUUUGAUGGAUGGUGAGGAUAUUUUUGUGGACAAUGAGAUGGUCUGUGGAUAUUGAGCUUAGGGCUGAAGCUGACACAGAAGAAGCAGCCAGAAAAAAUCAAAGUGAGGGACUUCAGGUGGAGCCUAUCUUUUAUGCUGACACUGCUGCUGCACAAACUCCAGUUGAUGAUUGUGCAGAUGUUAAGCCCAACAUUGUGUAUGACAAGGAAAAUCCAAGAAUCAAGGUAAAUGAAUGUUUUCCUACGAUGGAGGACUUCAGGAUGGCACUGAGACAGCAUGGAAUAAACAAGGGGUUUCAGGUGCACAAAGUGAAGACUGAUAAGACUAGGUAUAGAGCUGAGUGCAAGGCAACAGGCUGUCCCUGGAGAAUUGUGGCUCGCAAAUUGCCGGGCCUACCAGCUGUUGUGAUUAGCAUGAUGCCUGAAGAGCAUAAUUGCGUGUCUACUAGUAACCUUGUUACCUCAAUGGCAUCUCAAAAAUGGGUUGCAGAGAGGGUUGUUGGUUGGUUGAGGGAGAAUCCAGAUCUUGGAGCAAAAGAGUUGCAAGAAAAACUUCAGGAGGUCUAUAGUGUAGAGAUUGGCUAUGCCACAGUAUGGGCUGGAAGGCAGAAAGCUUUGAACAAGCUUUUUCUGUCUUGGGAAGAGAGCUUUCAGAUACUGUACAAUUUCAGGGCUGCACUUCUUUCCAGGUCUCCAGGCUCAGUUGUGGAGAUUUCCACCAAGAUGUGUGGAGCUGAUGUGCACUUCGACAAGCUUUUCUUUGCUUUGCAGCCAUGCAUAGAUGGCUUCAAAAAUGGCUGUAGACCUGACAUUGCUCUUGAUUUCACGGACUUGGAUGGUAUGUACUCAGGGAAAUUGGCAUGUGCUUGUGCCCUUGAUGGUCACAAUUGGAUGUACCCUGUUGCAUGGGCCAUUUUCGACUCUGAUUCGAACGAUAACUGGACUUGGUUCACGGAACAGUUGAACAAGGCUAUAGGAAAUCUACCAGGAUUAGCAAUUUCCACAGAUGAACGCCCCUUUCGUGAAAACAUUCUAGCUGAAAGUUACUACGAAUGGACUACGAACAUAAAGGACAUGCCUGUGGUUGACAUUGUUGAUAGGUUGAGGCAGAUGACAAUGGAGGUGUGGUACAAUAGGAGGAAUAUUGGGAGCAAGCUCUCGGGCAAUAUUCUCCCUGCAGUUAUUCAACAACUUAAUGCAGAAGCAACAAGUUUGAGAAACAUCAAGGCCUUUAGAUGCGGGUUGCAGAUCGGUGAAGUUUCCGGCAACUCUCAGGACAUGAUGCUGUGGAGGCACGUGGUGGACUUGAACGAGCACACCUGCAGCUGCGGGGAGUGGCAACUAACCUGGAAGCCCUGCCUCCAUGCUCUGGCUUGGAUAACUACAGAGACAGAUGCUGACAUCGAAUCCUUUGUCCAUGAGUACUACUCUGUAGAGAGAUUCAGGGCCGCAUAUAGUGGUGUGGUUCCACCUAUGCCAGACAAGUCGCAGUGGCCUAAAGUGGACCCUGGUUUCAAGUUGCUGGCACCGCGGCCGAAACAAGGAGCUGGGAAGAGGAAGUACACGACCAAAGCAAGCCAGGAACCAGGUGCGAGUGAGCAGCUUCAGUGUGAGCAAUGUGGAGAAGUCGAACACCGUGAGAAGGGUUGCACACUGCAUUGCCCGAACAAGAGCGAUGCCAAGCUGAAGAAAGCAUGAAGGCUGAGGAUGGCGCUAGCUCGGAUGGUGAUAGCUGAAGCAAUACCUCCAAGAGCCAUGCAUCUCCAAGGGAUGGUAGAUCCACAGGGAAGUGAAGAUGCUCCGGUACCUCUGCUACCAGAGCGCCUAUUUUGUAGUGUUCCGGGAAUGAGGUUUUAGGAUUUAGUUGCCAACUUACCAUGUCAUCGUCGAGCUCAGUGACUGUUGGACUAACAUCAUCUAUAGCUGGCUGUGCAUGUGUUCAUGGCUGAACUGAGCCGGGACUCAUAGCCAGUGGCUUGGUUCAUCGUUCAUGGGAUGGAACCUGAACCUAGGUGAGCUAUCCAUGGCCAGGAUGAACCUUGGAUGAAACCAAGCAGAGGUCCGAACCGACUGAUGGUUAAGAAUCACUGAAUCAGUGGACGUGAAGGAGGUUUUAGGAUUUAGUUGCCAUGACAUCGUCGAGCUCAGUAACUGUCGAACUGAACUUCCUCUGUUUAGGUUGUACUAAAUGAUGCUAUAAUCCAGUAUGGUCGACGACUGAGAUAUGAGAACCGAUGCAUGGAUGUCUAAUGCUACGUGGUCAAUCCCUUCUGGUAUUGUUGAUUGCAUUGCAUCAACAAUUGCGCCUAGCAUGUAUCUGUCUAAAUGUCAUGGCAAAAUUUCACACAUUCUGAAUAAAUACAUGCAUUGUUGAGGA